CUUUUUUCUAUUGAAAUGCUUCCGUUUCGCCUCCUUGACCUGCAAAGCGAGGAAGAAAACCAUAAAUCCGCGGGAAAAGGUACUCGUUUCGAUUUAGGAAUCACCUGUUGCUCCGCAGAGCUCCGCUAGGGUUCGCUUCCCACCUGCUUCUCCGCGAAGAGCGAGCUGAAAUGGAGAAAUCUGAGGGCGUGAAGAAGAAGGAAUCGAGGUUGAACUCUCUCAGCAGGUGUUUCUCGAUGCCAAUGACGAAUCGAGCGUGCGGCGCGUCGGAUUCGGCGCUCACCAUUUUAUACGGUGGCGAGACUAGGGUUUACAACGCGAUCCCCCCGGAAAAGCAGGCGCAGAUGCUAAUGCUCAUCGCGGCCGCUGCGGCUGAGGCCGGCAAGGUGAUGACCAUGGUAGGGCACAACGCAACUGAGUCGCUCGGGCCGAUGCUCGCCAGAUCUCUGUCACUUCAAAGCUCGACGGCGACGGUAGGACAGUCUGCUACUCCGGCCUCUCUCUUCAUGCUCCAAGCAGAACUGCCCAUUGCAAGGAGGCAGUCACUUCAGCGUUUCCUGGAGAAGCGCCGGGACAGGUUGGCGAGGAAAACCCCGUAUGCUUCGGCAAGGUCGUCGGACAUGGAAGUCGGAGGGCAGUCCUAAACUCACUUAAUGGCUGCUGUCAGCAAUGAUAAAGUCAUUAUUAUCUAAGUAAUUAGAAAUCUGAUCCUUAAAAUUAAGAUAUGAACUGUGUGCUAAGUGACCUUUACUUGGUGUCUGCCAUUGCUUAAUGUAUUGUGUGGAUUGAACUUGCUGUCUCUCUGGGACUGUCUAGUGUUUUAGAUUUCUGUAUCACUGUGUGUUUGUGUCAAUGCCUAAUUCUAUCUUGGGCACGGGCUUUGUUGACACUCUACAUCUAUCGAUAUUGGAACCUGUCAGAUUAAUGCAAGAUUUGUUGUUUGUAUUAGA